AACUUGGAAGGAAAUAUUCGUAACCUAUUUGAUGACCGAUGGAUGACUUGAAUUUCUAAACUCGCGAUACGACUUCCUUUGUAUACUCGAGUACCUGUACCUACCUACCUGAGUAAAUCUUUAACCUUUAUCCUACCAACUUCGAUUUCUUGGAUCAUUCAUCUCUCUUUCGUUUUAUACGAAUCUUUUUCUAUUCUUUGCUCUUCUUCCCUUCUUUUAUUACGAGGCGGUAGACUUGUAUCGAUUGAUUUUGGUCUUGGGAUAAGAAUUAGGUAAUAAACCUCUUUUGGACGGAGAUAAAUUGAUAAAUGAAUUAUUGGUGGGGUGGAUGAUUGAUUGAUUGAUUCACUUGAUUCACUUGAUCUAUUGAGGUGUGCACGAGCGGGCUCUGCAUGAUCGACUGUUGCUUGAGGGUAGCAUUGUGGGAUAUUGGUGGAACGGUAGUUGGUAUUUGAAGAGCGGGUUUCUGGAGCUUAGGAAGGCCUUGGAUUUAGAUUUGGGAUUGCUGUGAAGUGAGGAGAAUAAGCAGAGAAGAGCAAGCAGAAAACUAAGGGAGAGAAAGAGAAAGAGAAAGGGGAAGGACGAUUGCGCUACUUUUAUCGCGACGAAGUCUAUUUUAUAUAUACCUAGGGCGUUUUGACUAUAGGAGACGCAGUGCGCUGGGUUGCUACUAAGGUUAGGUUGAGGAAGCUGGAUUCGACUCGAUAACUUAUUGCGCGGCGCAUUGAGGUCGACGGCGCAUCGAGAUUCGCAUAUAUCACGAUACGGAACGAAUAUUAUACAGGGUGACGCUGGUAUAUAGAUUUAUUAGAGCCUGGAUUAGAGAUUGGAUUUGGAUAUCGGACGGAGUCAGCCAAGCUGAAAUCAUGGCCGUGGAUAAAUCUACCGACAGGAUGGACGAGGAGAAAGGUUUCGCGAAUGAUAUAGGUGCUGAGACAUUAGAAGUUAAGAAGGGAUGUGGAUGGAGAAGACAUGCUACAGAGAAAAGGUUACCUGGAGUUGCUAUUUGGUUAGAGGUAUGGUUGGUCCCUGUUGCGGACUUCCCCUCUCGAUUUACUUGGCUUUUUUGUCACACAUGUCGAGAUGAAUUUUCCGACAUAAGAUGAACUUAAAGAUGGACGUAAGAAGCUAAUUCGUAUCUGCAAAGCUUAUAGCAAUUGCUCUCUUAGUCACAAUGCUAUAUCGACAACAACAUGCGUUAGGAUGUUUGUCAUUGGCGAUACUAGGGUUUGGUAAUACGUCUGCGAGACCUAAUACUACUCUUCCUUCAUUUGUGUUUGAUUAUGGUAAGGAAGUUCAGUUGAUACAUCAAAUAUGCAUAUCAUGAAAGUACUCACUAACAUGUGGCUGUUAGCACCGCUUGUUUGGUUGGACGAAGCAGAAAUGUAUUUUCCUUCCGACAUGUACGCCCAAAUCCUCAAUACUAAACCUUAUGCCAAUCUUACUUUGAUACCUAAUGAUACACUUCCUUCUCCGCUCGACCUCGAAAAUCUUGAUUUUUUGAAUAAUUGGGGUCCAAACGUCUAUCUAACCUCCAAUAUUGAUGUCACCACCUCCCCUGCUUACCUUACUGGCGUCGUCCCCUCUUCAGCUACAGGCCGUACCCAAAACGCCAUCUCCUGUGCAGUAAUCCUCUCCGAUCACGGGGGUGGUCUCAUGGAUGUCUUUUACAUGUAUUUUUACGCCUACAAUCAAGGAAACACAGUUUUUGGCCAGGAAUUAGGUGAUCACAUAGGAGAUUGGGAACACAACAUGAUUCGCUUUGUAAACGGUACUCCCCAAGCAGUCUGGUAUUCCCAACAUGCAAAUGGUCAAGCAUUUCUCUAUUCCGUUGUUGAAAAAAGUGGAAAGAGACCUAUUGCCUACUCGGCUCGUGGUUCUCAUGCUAAUUACGCUAUUCCCGGUACUCACGAUCAUACGAUCCCAGAUCUGAAUCUUCCAGCUGGCCUCCUCCAGGAUUAUACAUCCAGAGGUACACUGUGGGAUCCGAUCCUCUCGUCAUAUUUCUACACAUACGAUAUCCCCAGUAAAAGUUUCACGGCGGCAAGUGAAGGGAGUCCGGUCGGUGCAAUGGAAUAUGAGGGCAAGUGGGGUGAUGCUCAGUAUCCGAAGAGUGAUAGGAGACAGAGUGAGUUUUUUGGGUUUUGGAAGUUUGUUGGGGGGCCGACGGGCCCCGGUAAUAAACAGUUGGGGAGGAAGAAGGUUUGCCCUGAUAAUGGGAUUCUUUGUAUUGUGAGGGAUCGGUUGGGUCCUUAGGUCUGAUGGGAGGGGGUUGAGGUUUUAUUAUGGUUUUUAUGAGAUGGUGAGAUGGUGAUCGUGUUUAAAGCAUUUUGCUCUGUUCCCCUAGGCAUGGAACGGUAUAGAAUGAUUGGGUCGCUUUUGCUUCUGGAUUUGGAUUUGGUGUUUGUCUUGGUUUUCUUUCCUUUUUGGGUUUGGGUUUGGUUUGAAGAGAUGAGAGAAAUAAGAGAAGUGUCCAUGUAUGUUUUGUUCUGCUAUACACGGAGGAUAUGGAUAUGGAUAUGGAUAUGAAUAAGUGAGGGGGAUUAACACCCGCACAUGAAACGACAGAAUGAACGAUUGUGAAAGCAUGGGAAAGCAUCCAACAGGGUAGAACAGAACGCAAUAAGAUUAUAGAUUGUUACCUUUAGACUGUGGGUGGACUAUGGAUUGUUAGGUAUGAUUAGAGAUCGGGACCUCGUUGAAUAUGAGGUUGUCAGGGAAGUGAAAUAGGAUGGCUGUGGGAUGGGCUGCGUAGUAUGGAAUGGAAUGGGAUGGCUGGAAAGGUGGGAUUUGAGAUGGAGGAACGUUAGGCUUCGAGUAGGUAUUUGGCUUUGGAUUGGAUUGGAUUGGAUAAGGAUUCUGCUGUAUGUGUAAGACCAGACCAGAUCAGAUCAGAGCGGAUCAGACCUGAUAAUUAGUGAUGGGAUGAAAUAGGUGGAUGGAUGAACGAGUAGAUUGAAUUACCAGAGUGACCAGACUGGAUAAGGUUACUUAGAUACGCUUCUUUGCAUCUUAGG